UUUCACAUUGGCAUUUACUUCUAGGUACACCAUAAUGUCAAUUUUCAAAACGUUAUUACUUUUUACCACACAUUUUGAUUUCUUAGGAAGAUGUCAGAUUUCUAAUAAUCACGACAGUGUUCGAACUGUUCACUUAAUAUAACAGUUCUGGCAGAAUUUGUGAAUACAAUAAUAUUUCUCAGUAUAUUAUAAGUUCUAAGUUUGGUUUGUGUUAGCUGGAAUGCGUGAUGUGAUCGUCAUAUAAUUACCGAUAUGUUCCUUUACAAAAUGCUUUCGGUUAACAACGAUUGUAAAUUAGUAUUCUUCUUUGAAGAGGAAUUCUAGCAACUUUUAUCCAUUCUGCAACUGGUCAGCAUGUCACAGAUGACAGAAGAGCUAACAGAAAUAUGUAUUAGUCCAAGUUUUGUUGUGAACUAUAUAGAUUUAAGGUAAAGCUUAGUCUGUAAACUUCAUCCCAAGUAAUUUUCACCAAUAUAUUCUCCUUAAAUACACUUUGGAAGUGUUACUGGGCUCUUUUAGUAUUUUUCUUUCCAUAAAUUUAUUCACGCAGCUGUUAAUUAGUUUCCUGGUGUUCUGAGGCUUAUAAUUCACAUAAACUCUACCACUCGGUUAUUUUGCAGAAAGUUUAUCAGCAAAACAUGGUUAAAGUUGCUAUUGGGUUUUAUACAGCGAGAGGGAGUCAUUAGAUAAAUGAGUACUGAAAAUGCUUCAAAAAAUUGGGAGCUUACUUUAUAUGAAUUACAUCGUAAGCCACAAGAGCCUAUUACCGAUGGAACAGUUAUUGCUGUUAGUCCAAGAAGUUUAAAGAGUGAACUAAUGUGUCCAAUAUGUUUGGAUAUAUUAAAAGUGACUAUGACAACAAAAGAAUGUUUACAUCGUUUUUGCUCUGAAUGUAUUAUCACCGCUCUUCGUAAUGGCAAUAAAGAAUGUCCGACAUGUCGUAAAAAGUUGGUGUCGAAAAGAUCGUUAAGAAGAGAUCCAAAUUUUGAUGCGUUAAUUUCAAAAAUUUAUCCAAGCCGUCAAGAGUAUGAAGCACAUCAAGAUAAAAUUUUAGCACGUUUAAAUCGUCAACAUUUAAGUGCAGCAUUGACAAGAUCACUAGAACAACAAUUAGGCUUAAAUGGCAACAACAAUGCUACUACUAAUAAUAGUAAUAGCAGUAGAUCACGAAAUUCAACCAACACUGGACGUAAUCAAACAGUCAAUAAUAAUUCUGGUAAUGGCGGAACAAGUGAAGUACAUACAGAUGCUGGAAUAAGUGAAGAAGAAACACCGUCAAACUUUAUGAGUAAUGGUGCUUGUUCAGCACGACGUGUCUCAUCUACAUCACAUCAAGUAACUAAUAAUUCGGAUACUGAAAGUGGAAUGGAUACAAAUUCAAUUGGUGAAAAUAGUUCUGUAUCCGAUUUACCAGUUUUACAUUAUCGUAACAAUACAUCAGCUGCUUCUAUGUUUACUACAACUGCUGGCGGUGUUGCUGAUUCAAAUCAUCCUCAUACUCAAUAUAAUUGUUCCACGGAUCGUAAUAUUAUUAAUAACAAUAAUAAUAGUAGUAGUAUUUUACAUAAUAAUAGUAAUUCAACCUCAUCUAUGUUAUCACCAUCUGUAUUUCCUGAAAUUGAAGUCUUAUUAAAACCACAUCCACGUUAUUCUUCACAGUAUACCGCCUCCACUUCUAUGGCUUCAUCUACUUCGUGUAGUCCAUCUACAUCAACAGGACAUCGUAAUAACAAUAAUGCUAACAGUAGUAAUGGUAAUAAUAAUACUAAUAGUAAUUACAAUGAUCAAGGAAAUGGUUUAAUCAAAUAUCUUAAAGCUCCGACAAUAACUACAGUUGAUCAUUUAUGUAGAUAUUUAACUGUACGUAUUAAUCUUCAAAGAAUAAACAGAGAAAUAUCUGAUGAAAGUGUUCGAUUCAUCUUAUAUAGUUAUCAUGAAAGUACAAAUACUUAUCAAUUAUUAGAUUCACAUAUGUCUAUUGAAGAAAUUAGUCGUGAUCAAUUUCAUGGAGUAAAUUAUCUUGAUUUAUAUUAUGCACGAGAUGAUAUCUUAGAUGAUAAUACCAAUAACAAUAAUAAUACCUAAUAAAGAAGCAGAAAAAAAUACAAAUUUGAAUCAUAAUUUAUAUUGAAUAUUGAACUUUGAAAUUCAUUUAAACAAUUAUCUCUAUCUAUGUGUGUAAUUCAUCAAUCGCUUAAUAUAAUAUCAACAUUAUUAACAUCAAUAGUUAUAACAAUAACUCUAUUUCCCAUCAAUACAAUUAUCUAUUAUGUUUAAUGAAAGACGUUUCUUUCUCCUUAUGUUCCUUAUAUGUGUGUGCUUGUUUGUAGCAUUUGACUUUCUCGUUGUGUUAUCUCCUUUGACUUGUUUCCUUGGUUUUAGUUUUGUUCAUUUUGUUUGUUUUACCAUUGUGUUAUAUCUGUUUUGUGUACUAUCAAUGAUUAAUAGAGUGCCUACUAUAAAACGGUGUGUUGCAUCUAAUUGCUUUUUUUUAUAAAAAAAAUGUAAUUAUGUCUCUUAUCUAAAAUUGUAAAUAUAUUUACUUUUGCAUGGAUCAUUUUAGGUACUACAGAUAUACUGAAUCCUAGUAAGCUACAAUUGACACUGGAAGAAUUCUAUAAACGAUGUAUUACUUAUACUACUGAUUAAUUUCUGGAACAUAUAUUUUUUGUUUUAAUUUAUGAGAUAUUAUUUAGUCUCUGACCCAUUGAUCGUUAACUCGUAAUCUUACCUCCUUCUUGUAUACGUCUUUUCUCUAUACACGUAUAGUUACUUUGUACAUAAUUAUUUCUUUUUAAAAUCAAAAAUGUAUAAAUUUAUUAUUAUUAU